AUGGAGGAUUUAAUGAAAUUUGUGAGAAAAUGUGAUCCAAAAAAGACAAGGAAACGAUCUGUGAAUAAAGCAACCUGGAAACGUGAGAUUCUACGCGAAAUACGGUACGUGAUUCAUCCUUUAAAAUCAGCAUCGACAUUAGGAAGAAUGUUAUUAUGCAGUAGGUACAAACCUUCAAGCUUGCCUCAGUUUCCGCAGUGUGGACACAAGCAAAAGGCGUUUCGAUGUAGUGAAUUAUCAUGUCAAGAUAUAAGAAAAUUUCACAAGAAUAUCUAUAAGUGUACUACGAAAGUGAAGCAGGACUGUUUUAUACUGAAAUAUUGUAAUAUAUCAGAAGCUAAGUCAUUAAAACCCAACAGUAAAAGAAGAGUUUCUAUUAAGUAUACUAUACUUAGUGAAAAUGGGACCAAAAUACCGGUUUGUCAAAAAACUUUCAUGAGAGCACUAAUAAUAAAGAAAAAUCGAAUACAGGGCGUAAUACAAUACAAUACAAUACAAUACAAUAACUUUAUUUCAGGCAUCAAGGACUUAAAAAUUAAGAACAUUGGCCCAUAG